UUUACUGUUAUCUGACCAAUUCAUGCUUGAAUCGUUAGCCUGGGGAUCCUAUUCGUAGCAGAUUCUUUGGGUCAAUCCUUUGCGCUAGCUAGCUAGGCCAAUUACUAGAUGAUUGGAUUUUCCAAAGUCACAGCCUUUAACUAAUUCUGCGAUCCUCUUCUUCAGUAUCUCUCUGUGUCCAAUUUGGGUCUAACUAUUUUUAAGUGAGAUGGAAGAGAGAUAUAAUACGCUAGCUAUGACACCAAUAUCAGAGGAGCACGAGAGAACAUCUCUCCUCAGAGAAGAAGAAGAAGAUGUUAUCGUGGUCGCAAUGGAAGGUCAAAACAAUCACCAAGAUUCUCUACAUUACAAUAAAGUCUACUCUGAAGAUCAACCAAGCUUUGAUAUUCCCGAAACCGCCCAUCAGAUUAGCACUGAUUCAUGGUUUCAGGUUGGUUUUGUCCUCACUACUGGUAUCAACAGUGCCUAUGUAUUGGGUUAUUCUGGUACAAUCAUGGUCCCACUUGGAUGGCUACCUGGUGUACUCGGCUUGAUUAUGGCUACAUGUAUAUCCUUGUACGCGAACUCUCUAAUAGCUAAGCUUCAUGAGUUUGGAGGGAAAAGGCAUAUCCGAUACAGAGACCUUGCAGGAUUUGUAUAUGGUCAGAAAGCUUAUGCACUUACAUGGGCAUUGCAAUAUGUAAAUCUUUUUAUGAUUAAUACCGGAUACAUCAUAUUAGCUGGUCAGGCCCUUAAGGGGGUUUAUGUUCUUUUCAGUGAUGAUCAUAUGAUGAAGCUCCCAUACUUUAUAGCGAUUUCUGGAGUAGUAUGUGCCAUGUUUGCCAUUGGGAUUCCUCAUUUGUCAGCCUUAAGGAUUUGGUUGGGAGUCUCAACUAUAUUGAGUCUGGUGUAUAUUAUUGUAGCAAUAGUGCUGUCAGCUAAAGAUGGAGUCCAGUCUCCACCAAGGGAUUAUGGUAUUCCUGGAACAAAGACGAGCAAGAUUUUCACAACCAUUGGUGCAACUGCAAAUCUUGUUUUUGCAUUUAAUACAGGAAUGCUUCCGGAGAUACAGGCGACAAUUAGGCAGCCAGUUGUUAAAAAUAUGAUGAAAGCCCUUUACUUUCAGUUCACUGUUGGAGUGUUACCUAUGUAUGCUCUUACCUUCAUUGGCUACUGGGCAUAUGGAUCAAGCACAUCAACUUUUCUGCUUAACAGUGUCAAUGGUCCUGUUUGGGUGAAGGCUAUGGCCAACAUUGCUGCCUUCCUACAAACUGUCAUUUCUCUACAUAUAUUUGCAAGUCCAAUGUACGAGUUUCUGGAUACGAAAUAUGGCAUAAAAGGGAGCAGUUUAGCAUUCCGCAAUCUGUCCUUCAGGUUGAUGGUAAGAGGCGGGUAUUUGGGUUUCAGCACUCUUGUCUCUGCAAUGUUGCCGUUCUUGGGAGAUUUCAUGAGCCUAACCGGUGCCAUCAGUACAUUCCCACUCACAUUCAUUUUGGCCAACCAUAUGUACCUUGUGGCUAAGAACAACAAGCUGAAUUCAUUGCAAAAGAUGUGGCAUUGGCUUAAUGUCUGCUUCUUUGGAUGUAUGUCCCUCUUAGCUGUAGUCGCAGCCUUGAGGCUCAUCGUUGUCGACUCCAAAACAUACCAUAUCUUUGCUGAUUUAUAAAUCAAUUAAGCAUUAUUAUUUUCA